CUCUCUCACACACACAGAGGCUGUUGACAUGAUACACACACUCACCACCCGGUAUAAAAGUCACUUUGAGAGAUCGAGGCAGCAGCUGCGAUUCAAGAGGCCACAAUGGCAGAAGACAUUAAGGCCAAACUGGAGAACUAUAAAACGGCUCCAUUUGAUGCCCGAUUCCCCAACCAGAACCAGACCAGAAACUGCUGGUCCAACUACCUGGACUAUCAUCGCUGCCAGAAAGCACUGGAGGCCAAAGGACAGGACAUCACGCCCUGUGACUGGUACAUGAGGGUCUACAAGUCCAUCUGCCCCACAUCCUGGAUCCAGAAAUGGGACGAACAGAGAGAUGAAGGAACCUUCCCUGGAAAAAUCUAAGCCGAUUAACAAGCUUUAACUUUUACAAUGGAAUGUUUUUGUCUGUGGUGGUGGUGACCAGGUGCCUGCACCACCACCAGCUUUCCACUGUAGGUGCUCUUGAGUCCCAUGAGUACUAAACUGAAAUGGAACAGUCAUUCCCCUCUACUGUCAUGAAAUGUUUAUCAAGACUGUAUUAAAAUAUCAGGUUCUAUUUAUCAAGCUCA